UGACAAGGCAAUAUAAAUCAUAUAAAUCCGCCUUUCCAUUUUCUCCGAGGCAAACAAAAGGGGGAAAACGCGAAGGCCGAGGGGCAAAGCGGCGGCACGGCGGCGCGGCGGAAGGCAAUCCGGUGGCGCGCAAGGACGCCGCGAUGCCGGUAACAAGAGGGCGCGCCGCGGCGGCGGCGGCGGCGGUGGCGGCAGAUGAGGAAGAGGGCCACGCGCCCAUCGACAUCUCCUCGGAUUCCGAUGCCGGCGGAUCCGAAGAGUCCGGGUCGUCGUCGUCGGAGGAGGAGGAGCCCAGCAGCGACGAAGACUACAUCGACAUCAGCGACAGCGGCGAGAGCUGCGUCGACGUCAGCGACAGCGGCGAGAGCUACGUCGACAUCAGCGACAGCGACAGCGAAGACGAUGAGGACGACGAUGAGGAAGGCGGCCGCGCGGGGAACGGGGGGGAAGCGGGGGCGGAACGACCCGGCGCGGAUCGGAGCGAGGCUGCCUGCACCAAAAUCGCCGAUCUCCUCCGCCGUGGGAGAAACCUGGAUGGGAUUAAGUUGGCGGAGUGCAAAGCAUAUUUAAAGAAUAACGGUCUUCCCCAAGUUGGGGACAUAGCAACUUGUGUCGAAAGAAUAAUGCUGCAUCGGAGGUUCAAAGAUGAAGAUCCUGAGAAGAUUUAUCCUCGGUCAUCCUUUUGUAUUAACUGUAAAGGCGAUGUCUGUCGAGGUGAUACUGUCUUAUUCAAACAAAAGGUUCACGAGAAAAGUGGCAAAAGGCACUCAAAAUGUAUGGGGAAGCGAAUAGUAGCUGGGAAAGUUGUUAAGGAAAGUUAUGGUAAAGACAAGCAGCAACACACAUUUACUAUUCAAGUGUUCUGGAGCAAAGGAGUAGGCAAAUUACCACCUUUGUAUCUGCUACUUGUCAAAGGACGCAAUCUAUACAGAAUGAUGACUUUCCGUCAGGCUUGGGCAAAUGAAGCGAAUAGGUUGAAGGCUCUAGAAGAAAAGCACAAUAGAGGAGAUGCUGCAAGGCGUGUCCGUGCUUCAAAUAGACGUAAUUCUGGAGGACACGCUCUUAAGGGCAAGAAAUCGAAGGAAAAAGGAAAGCAUCAGUCUCAACCUGGAGGGCCUGAUGGCGGAUCCAAUAUCACUAAAGGCAGAAAACGUGCUAUGCAAUCCUCCAACUCCGAUCAUCCUACCAAAAAAAAUCGAAAAGAAGAGCACCGAGUGUCUUCUGGAAAAAACCGCACUGAUGGUCGUCAGAAGGCAAAGACAAAUUCUGCCCCCCUGGAUAAAAACAUUGGUACCAGCACCAGCAGUUCUCAGCAAAAUGCCAACACGGAGACAAAUCAUGCCAUCUCGCAGAAAAACCCGCGGACAGCACCAGUUAACAAUGGCCUGCAUAGCACGGAGGCUAGGCCGAGUAAAGGAAAAACCGGUUCGAAGCAAAAAAACACUGUUGGUGGCAACCAUGGUCAGUUUGAAGGAAGGCGCGUAGGUUCAGCUUCUCAUCCGCAGGCAUACCCAGGAAAUUCAGUUGGGAUACAUCAUCCUUUAUCCGAGAGGACCCAUCGGCCACCUCCAUUGCGCGAAGUUGGCAAUGCCUGGCAACAUCAUAUGGACGGCAGAUCAAUUUCAUGUCCAAACCCUACAAUGGUUUUUGAACACCCGAAUGCAGCACUGGCUGGCUGGCGCGCGCCUGGUUAUUUCAGGGAACCUCCACCUGAUCAACGUGCAGUGGUGUUUCCACCAUUCAACACAUCGCAAACUAUGUACCGCCGUCAUCCAGAUGGGGCAUAUGUGAUGCCGCAGUACAGAUAUUCUGGUGGUAGUAAUGGGUUUCCACGAUAGGGCAGUUUAAGUUUAUCAGAUGACAGUUGAAUUGUUGAACACUUGAUCAGUGGUCACUACUCACUAGUGAGAAAUGUGGAAACCCUGCCAGCUCGCUGAGGUGAUUUUGCACAUUUCUGGUGUCUAUCUUGUGGAAAAUGUGACGGCCACUGUAAUUGACACGGAUGUUUGUGAGGACAUUCCAAUACAUGCGUAUGAGAGCAAUAGGAAGGCGAGACAGUGAAGUUGAGAGUAAACCAGAAUGCUUGAGAAAUACCCCCAUUCAUUUGCUGAAUGGGUUCAUAAAUGGGCGUAUCUGCUAGCUUUAUUUUCUGAAUCGAUUCA